AUGAAGCAUAUCUCUCUCCUGGGCCUCCUGGCCUUGUCGACCCUGUCGCAGGCAGCACACGUGCGGAGAGACUAUGCUGAAAACGACUACUACGUUAUCCAGCUAGAGCAGGGCGUCGACCCGGACCUCAUCGCUGAGCGGUUUGGUCUCGAGCAUCAUGGCCACCUGGGCGAUAUGACACAGCACCACGUGUUCCGCACGGCAAAGACAGACGACGACCAUGUCCACACGAUAAUGACAGAGCAUAGGCGGCGGAGGAAACGUGGCCUUUCAUCCGGCCGCGAUCUCCUGGACGGUGUGCUCCUGGCUGAGAAGCAGAAGCGCCGGCUUCGCAACCUGCACAAGCGCAUCAUCCCACCCGUCCCGGCCGCCCUGAUCCGUGAGCGGCAGCUUCACGAGGAGCAGGCGAGGUCAGUGCACUCGCAGACAGUCGACUGGGCCGUCAAGAAGCGGGACGCCGUCAUGAAGGACCUCGAUAUCAAGGACCCCAUCUUCAAGGAGCAAUGGCACCUGUUCAACACGGUCGAGACGGGCCACGACGUCAACGUGACGGACGUGUGGCGCGAUGGCGUGACCGGCCAGAAUGUCACCAUUGCCAUUGUCGACGACGGCCUCGACAUGGACAGCAACGACCUGCGCGACAACUACUUUGCUGAGGGCUCCUAUGACUUCAACGACCACGACCCUUCACCCAAGCCCGAACUGUCCGAUGACAAGCACGGCACCCGCUGUGCCGGCGAGGUCAGCGCCGUCCGCAACGAUGCCUGCGGCCUCGGUGUCGCCUACGACUCCAAGAUUGCCGGUAUCCGAAUCCUCAGCGGCGAGCUGACCAACGCCGACGAGGCAGAGGCCCUCAUAUACAAGUCCCAGCACAACAACAUAUACUCUUGCUCCUGGGGCCCCCCUGACGAUGGCCGCCACAUGGAGGCCCCCAGCACGCUCAUCCGCCAGGCUAUACUCCAGGGCGUCCAGCAGGGCCGUGGCGGUAAGGGCUCCGUCUACGUCUUUGCCAGCGGGAACGGUGCCUCUUCGGGCGACAACUGCAACUUUGACGGAUACACGAACUCCAUCUACAGCAUCACUGUCGGUGCUGUUGACCGCGCCGGACAGCACCCUUACUACUCGGAGAUGUGCUCCGCCAACCUCGUCGUCACUUACAGUAGUGGUAGCGGUGAUUCCAUUCACACCACCGACGUCGGUACGAACACUUGCUACAGCGGCCACGGGGGAACAUCUGCCGCAGCCCCCCUUGCCGCCGGCAUAUUUGCCUUGGCCCUCCAGGUCCGCCCGGAGCUCACCUGGCGCGACCUGCAGUACGUUGCCCUGCACUCGGCCGCCCACGUCGACUCGGCCGACGACUGGCAGGAGACGUCUAUCGGCAAGCAGUUCAGCCACACUUUUGGCUACGGAAAAGUCGACUCGUACGCCCUCGUCAACCUGGCCCGGGAGUGGGAGCUGGUCAAGCCCCAAGCCUGGUACUUCUCGCCCUGGCAGCACGUCAAGAAGGCCAUCCCCGAGGGUGAGGGCGACGACGCCAAGGGCCUCGAGGUGGAGUUUGAGGUCACAAAGGACAUGCUCAAGGAAGCCAACCUCGAGCGCCUCGAACACGUCACCGUCACCAUGAAUGUUGAGCACACCCGCCGCGGCGACAUAAGCGUCGACCUUGUCAGCCCGCAUAAUGUCGUCAGCCACAUUGCUACGGCCCGCAUGUACGACGAGGAGGCGGCGGGAUAUGACGAUUGGACUUUUAUGACGGUCGCUCACUGGGGUGAAUCGGGCGUUGGCAAGUGGAAGCUCAUCAUCAAGGACAACAAAGAGAACGAGCACCAGGGCACCUUCGUCGACUGGCACCUGAAGCUCUGGGGCGAGUCGAUUGACGCCUCCAAGGCGACUCUCCUGCCCAUGCCCCAGGAUAGCGACGACGACAAUCACGACCAGGAUGAGGCUGAGCAGCCGCCCGUGUCCACGGCUACGGUCCCCACCCAGCCCGAACCCACUCAGGGAAAACCCACCCCCACGGAGACGGAACACACGCAGCGACCGACCAAGCCUGCCAGCGGUGGAGACGAGACGAAACCCCAGCCCACCGCCACCGAGGAGGAGGAUGAGACAGCCAGCGCGAGCACCUCCGCGGUUGCCACACCGUCCCCCUCUUCAUCUUGGAUCUCGUGGCUCCCCACGCUAGGCGCAUCGUCCGCGGCCCGUCCCUGGGUUUACGCGGCCAUCGGGCUCAUCGGGGCCUUCUGUAUCGGCCUGGGUGUGUACUUCUGGAUGGUGCGUCGGCGCCGCCUUCUCAACGACUCUACGGACACGUACGCCUUUGACGUGCUCAACAAUGAGGAGGGCGAGGGCCUCAACGGCGGCGAGAAGACGUUUGCUUCCGGCGGAGGAGCAGGCGGCGCAGCCGGACGCUCCCGCCGUACGCGCGGUGGAGAACUGUACGAUGCUUUUGCUGCUGCGUCAGAGGACGAGGACGAAGACGACGACUUUGACAGGUAUACCGACCGCGAGGCUGGAUUGCGGAACAAGCUGCCUGGCGAGAGGGAUAGGGAGCAGUAUGAGAUUGGGGAGGACAGCGAUGAGGAUGAGGAUGAGACUAGACGGUUGAGGUGA